UUUACACUUUUAUUGUGAAGUAGGCCGGAUGUGUGUGUGCGAGUGUGUUCGCCUUGACAGGGUUGUGUUCCAGGACUCAGUGUUUCUUCUCUGGACCGACUGAUCUGGAUCAUGUCUCCGCUGCUGCUGCUCCUGCUCGGCCUGCUGCCCCUGCUGCUGUGCCUCCUCCGCGGCAGAAACAGAAGAGACGGAGAACCUCCUCUGGUUAAAGGCUGGAUUCCUUUCAUUGGAAAAGCUCUGGAGUUUGGAAAAGAUGCUCAUAAGUUCCUGGAGGAACACAAGAAGAAGUUUGGAGACAUCUUCACUGUGCAGAUAGCAGGUAAAUACAUGACCUUCAUCAUGGACCCACUACUCUAUCCCAGCAUCGUCAAACAUGGCAAGCAGCUCGACUUCCAUGAGUUCUCCAACAAGGUGGCGCCCUACACCUUCGGCUACUCGCCGAUGAACAGGAGUUUUUCCGGGCUGCGGGAGCAGGUCCAGCGCUCCUUCCACCUGCUGCAGGGCGACAGCUUGACACUGCUGACAGAGAGCAUGAUGGGAAACCUGAAGCUAGUGUUCCGUCAGGACCACAUGGAGCGGGACGGCGGCUGGAGGAGCGGCAGCAUGUACGACUUCUGCCACUCGGUUAUGUUCGAGGCCACCCUCCUCACCAUGUACGGCAGGCCGCCGGCCAGCCGUCGCCACGGCGGCGUGGACGCGCUGCGGGACAACUUCAUCAGCUUCGACAAGAAGUUCCCGCUGCUCAUCGCCCAGAUCCCCAUCUGGCUGCUGGGACGCACCAAAGCCGUCCGAGACAAACUCAUCCACUUCUUCCUGCAUGUGUCCGGUUGGUCCAACACAUCGCAGUUCAUCAGGAGGCGGGCGGAGAUUUUCGAGCAGUACGACACGCUAAGGGAUGUUGAUAAAGCAGCCCACCACUUUGCCAUCUUCUGGGCGUCGGUGGGGAACACGGUCCCGGCCACUUUCUGGACCCUGUACCACCUGGUGAGCCACCCGGUGGCGCUGCAGGCCGUUCGGCAGGAGAUCCAGGACGUCCUGCGGCAGGACGGCGUUGGGUGGAGCAGCGACGGCGACGUGACGCUAGGCCGACAGCAGCUGGAGCGACUCCUCUUCCUGGAGAGCGCCAUCAGGGAGAGCCUCCGCCUGUCCUCGGCCUCCAUGAACAUCCGGGUGGCCCAGGAGGACUUCGGUCUGCGGCUGGACGGAGAGCGCUCGGUGGCGGUCAGGAAAGGAGACUUCAUCGCCCUGUACCCUCAGAGUAUGCACCUGGACCCGGAGGUCUACCAGGACCCGCAGAUGUUCCGGUUCGACCGCUACAUGCAGGACGGCCAGCAGAAGACGAAUUUCUACAAGAACGGCCAGAAGCUGAAGUACUACCUGAUGCCAUUCGGCUCUGGCUCCUCCAAGUGUCCCGGCCGACACUUCGCCCUCAACGAGAUCAAGCAGUUUGUGUGUCUGCUGCUGCUAUACUUCGAUCUGCAGCUGGAGGAUGGUCAGCCCAGAGCCUCGCUGGACACCAGCCGGGCCGGACUGGGAGUCCUGCUGCCCAACGUCGAUGUCCGCUUCCGCUACCGGCUCAGAACCCAACAACUGGACUGAAGCUGCUGCUUCCCCGGAGGUUGAAAGCUGUUGGGUGAUAUCUGCGGCUUCCCACAAACCUGAUGUUCAUCUAAAUCAGCAUGCAGCAGCGUGGAAGAGAAAAGGUUUGUUCAAAUCUGACAGUGGAGCACAAUGAUUUAGUCUUAAAAUCAGCAAAUCAUCGUGAUGAACAGUCCAACCCUAAGCCUGACCCAAAGACCAAACUUAGUCCUAAAUGAAACAAAUGGUCCAGAAUGAUUCAUUCUUCAGUGAUUCAUCAUGACAUUUGGAUGGAUGGAUGGAUGGAUGGAUGGAUGGAUGGAUGGAUGGAUGCAUGAUGGAUGGAUGGAUGGAUGGAUGAUGGAUGGAUGCAUGGAUGAUGGAUGAAUGCAUGGAUGGAUGCAUGGAUGGAUGGAUGGAUGGAUGGAUGGAUGCAUGGAUGAUGGAUGAAUGGAUAGAUGGAUGGAUGCAUGGAUGGAUGGAUGGAUGGAUGGAUGGUCCAGAAUGAUUCAACAUUUGGAUGGAUGGAUGGAUGGAUGGAUGAUGGAUGGAUGGAUGCAUGGAUGAUGGAUGAAUGGAUAGAUGGAUGGAUGGAUGGAUGGUCCAGAAUGAUUCAACAUUUGUCCAAAAUGUCUCAAACUUUCCCAAAAUGAUGACAAAUUGUUCAGAAUGACUUGAAAUGUGUCUACAAUCAUAAAAACGUGUUGAAAAUCUGUCCUCAAAUUACUACAACUGGUCCUAAAUGAUCAGAAUGGUCCAGAAUGAUUCAACAUUUGUCCACAGUGACUCUAAGAGUCAUCCAGAAUUACAUAAGUUUGACUAAAAGGACCAAUAAAAUAAAUGCAGCUUGGUUCAGAAACCAGCAUCCAGAGGAGCAGGUAGUGGAAAGUCUGUAAAAGCAUAGAUAGCUCAACGUCUGCAGAUAUUAGAUCAGAGUUUAACAUAUUAGGAAACGUGGUGGUUCCAUAUUUUUAUAGUUUUGUAAAAUAAUCAAAGCAUUUCUCUGUCAUUCUUCAUGAUGUUCUGGUUCCACAGAGCUGCAGGACUUUAAAACCUCCUGAGACCCAGGAAAAAAAAGUUUAGUCAUUUUGAUUUUUUUACAUAAACGAUGUAUUGGGGUGGUAAAGAACAUAUUGCAUUUUUUUUAACUUAACUUUAUUAACAUUUGAUAACGUGCACUGUAUUGCUCAAUAGGACGUCACUGAUGUUUAAUGUGAAACAUUAACAAAGCUGAUCAUGAAAAUAGCUCAUCUGGAAUCUUCCAUUAAAUAAAACAUGUAUGAACAUAUUUGUUUUAAAACAUACAUUAAAACUUCACAGAAACUUCACAAUAACAGUUCACAUUGACUCUGCACUAGCCAAAAGGGUGUGUAGCGAUGGCUGUGAUCAGUCACAAAAAGGUGUGUAACUCCCUGAUGGCUUCAUGAAAUACCACAAAACUUUGGCUCAAGGUUGGUCAGAGGCUAAUAAAGACCUGAUUAAUCGGAUUCAGAAAAGUUUAUUUGUUCCCAGGGGGCAAUUAAAAACGCACGUAGAGCAGGUAGUGCAACAAUGACGUAAUAAAGAGAGGGAUAAAUAUAUAUACAAAUCUAGCAAGUAAUAGAAGAAUAAAAAUAAAAAGAGAAAUAAGACAAAAACACAGCUUGGUAACAUAUUAGUGCAAAUAUGAAUGAAAGUAGGUGCAAUAUGGCAAUGAGGUAGAUACAGAAUAUAUCACGGUAGAUAUAAACAACAGAGUUCCCAGAGGUCCAUGUUAAAGUCCAUGUGUGGUGGUGGAGGUGGUGUGUAGUGGUGGGGGGAGGUUUUAUGGUUCAUGAGUUGAGGACUUGGACUGCUCUGGGUACAAAGGUAGACCUUCUCCUCUGUGUCCUGCAUGCAGGGCAGCGAAGCCGUCGACCAGAAGGAAGCCACUCAGAUGCAGAGUAGAGAUCAUGUGAAGGUCACGUAUGAUCCAGUUUGCCAGUCUACAUGUUAACUGUUCAUACACUGCAGACAGAGUUCUGAGAGGAAGGCCUAUGAUUUUAGAGCAGACAGUGACAGUCCUCUGCAGGUAGAUUCUGUUCUGGAGGCUGAUGGAGUAGAACCAGCAGGUGAUGGAGAAGGUGAUGGUGCUCUCUAUGAAGGAGUAAUAGAAUGUCUGGAGAAUGUUCUUAUUUACUCCAAAAGAGUUGAGCUUCCUUAGGAGAUACUGCCUCUGGUGACAUUUCCUGAUAAUCUCCUCUGUGUUAGAGGAGAAUUUCAGCUGGCUGUCAAAGAUGGUUCCCAGAUGUUUGUACUCCUCCACAAGCUCAACAGACAUCCCAUGGAUGGUGGUGGUGACAGCUGUAGCCAGCGCCAUCUGCUGGUUGGAAAAGGUCACCACCAUCUCCUUGGUUCUUUAACAUUCAGCUCCAGAGAAGAGUCAUCACCACCAGUCCACAACCUCCUGGAGGACUGAGCUGUGGGACUGAGAAGGUCCUGACAGCAGAGACAGAAGGACAGUGUCGUCUGCAUAUUUGACCAGGUGGGAAUUGGACUGGGGCUGUACAGUGGCGUAGUGGUUAGCGCUUUCGCCUUGCAGCGAGAAGGUCCCUGGUUCGCGUCCCGGCUUUCCCGGGAUCUUUCUGCAUGGAGUUUGCAUGUUCUCCCUGUGCAUGCGUGGGUUUUCUCUGGGUACUCUGGCUUCCUCCCACAGUCCAAAAAUAUGCUGAGGUUAAUUGAUUACUCUAUUUUUUUUUUUUUUGAUUACUCUAAAUUGCCCGUAGGUGUGAAUGCGAGAGUGAUUGUGUGUCCUUGUAUGUAGCCCUGCGACAGACUGGCGACCUGUCUAGGGUGUCCCCUGCCUUCGCCCGAGUCAGCUGGGAUAGACUCCAGCCCCCCCCAUGACCCUAGUGAGGAUUAAGCGGUGUAUAGAUAAUGGAUGGAUGGAUGGAUGGAAUUGGACUGUGUGGAUCUGCAGUCAUCCGUGUAGAGGAUGAAGAGUAGUGGAGAGAGGACACAGCCCUGAGGAGAACCACUGGAGGUGUGUAGUAGAUCAGAGAAGGUGUUAUUGACCCACACUCUCUGUGAUUUGUGGGUUAAAAAGUCCAAUAAUCACAGGAUGAGCUGAUCAUCCAGGUGGAAGCAGGAGGAGAGUCUGUGAGCCAGGAUGUGAGGCUGGAGGGUGUUAAAUGCCGAGGAGAGGAGUGUUGCUGAGGUGUUUGGGUGUUCCAGGUGACGGUGUAAAGUGUCCAGAAUGAAUAUUUUGGCAUCAUCAACACCCCUGCUCGACCGAUAUGCAAAUUGGCGAGGGUCAAUCUGUGAGUUAGUUACUUCAUCACAAGGGAGGUGGAAGUCAUUGAGUAUUUGGUUGUAUUCUUCUUGGGGAUGGGGAUGACUGUGGAGUGUUUCUACAACUGAGGAACUGUACAGUUGUGCAGGGAGUUUUGGAAGAGGGUCUGAAACACACCUCCCAGCUGUUCCGCACAGUGCCUGAGCACACGACCACUGAUGUUGUCCAGGCCGGGUGAACUGGUUGUUGGUGGAGUCACACUGGAACCAGCUGAAUGGGUUAACUGGUAGAGGGUGAACUGGUCUCUCUGGUCCUCCUCAGGGCUCUCGUCACAUCCUCUAUGUUGAAGGUGAGUGUGUCGUCAGUGGGAUGAAGUGUGGUCCUGAUCUCUUCCAGUUGUGUGUUGUCUCUUUCAAAUCUGGUGUAAAAAGAGUUGAGGUCAUUGGGAAGAGAUGCAGGGCUGCUGCCAUCCACAUGGAUGGUGUUUCUGUAGUUGAUAGCAGCGUUCACAGCAGGAUGUUCUUCAGGCCUUGCCAAGCUGAGCGGAGGUUCCCCUCAGUGAAUUUAUCCUCAACUUUGCUUUUGUACUUCAGCUUGGCUGCUUUUACUUCCCUGUUGACCUCUUUCUUCUCUAGUUCAGAGCCAGUGAAGAAGACCCUUUUCUUCUUGUUCAGUAGAUGUCCACAUCUACUGAUCAAAGAGGGGCACUAGGCUUGGCCAUUCACAAAAAAACAACUAAUUCCCAAACCACUUCAUUGGAUGCUUCAUCAGAUACCAACAAUGAGGUGUCUUCAUUGAUGGUAUCUGAAGAGGCAAUUAGAGUUUCUUUUCUCUCACCCUCUCCUGUCUGACCCACCGGGAUCUUACCUUCUGAAAGGUCUAGGUCUGAAUCUCCCUUAAUGAUUCUCUGGAGAAUUCUCUCUGCCUCUGUCAAACACCAGUCUAAUAAAAAUCAAAGUGAAGUAAACAGAAGUCCAAAGCCCUGACGUGCACUACAGUGUACGCUCAGAAAUCAAUUGUUUUUCAUAUGAAAAUAUCUUAUCUACGCUCUGAAAACACACUUAAAUUACUCUUUAGAUUUUUAUUUACUAUAAGCAGUCAAAAUAUAGCAUAAAAACAGUUUAAAUAUGAAUAUCUUCCUUGCCUUUCUUCCUGUCGUAAAAUGUGCUCACUGGGAUGGCUACCAUUUUGAAAAGACCGACAAAGGGAGUUGGCAAGACACACCCCCACACAUGUGAUGUAAUUAAAAGCUAAGAUUGUCCCCUUUAAAGAACAUCAGGACUUAAAAUUGUGGCUCAUAUAGUAUUGGAGAAAUGAACAAGAAACUAAUGUGCACUACAGUACACUAAAAUGAAUUUCCGGGUCUCAGGACUUUAAAGUGUGAGUCUGAACUUUCCUCCAUGUCUAAGAUUUACAUUCUCCCAUUUCUCUGCUGCCCUGAAAUGUGAGUUUUUAUUUCCUGCCACCAAUAAUGUGACUAAACUGAUCUAAAUGUGAGCAACUGUGAAACAAAAGUCCAGAUGUCUGAGUAAUAAACACUAAACUUUGCACUUGAAUGUGGAGAAACUGUAGAAGAUUCUGACCUGAUGUGUUUCACUAGAUUAUUGAUGCAAUAAUUAAUGAGUUUUGAAAGACUGAAUGUUUAGCAGAACUUCUCCUGUUCACGAGCACUAUUCUGUUCUUAAACUAGUCUUCAAAUGUCCCACUGGACUUUCAUUUAUUUUAGAAUAAUAUAUCCUUUUAUUAAAAUAGCGUUUUUCUAAUAUGAUGUUCUGUCUGACUCACUCUGACUGAAUGAACUUCAUUAUAAUUCAGUUUGUAAGAAGAUAUAACACUUUCUGUACCGAUGGGUUUCAUGAAACUGAUUUUAUAAACUAAAGGCUGAUCAAUGUGUCGGUAUGAGUGAAUAUAUCUGAUCACAACCACAGCGAUUAAUCAAUUAAUUUGAUCUAUUUUCAUCAUUAAAUCAUCAGUUUGUCUAUUUUGAAAUAAAUCAGUCUACAUUCUGUGA